AUGGUGGCGGUGGGGGGUGAGGACGGCGGCGGCGGUGGAGACGAGGAAGAAGUCGACGGAGGUGGAGCCAGAUCAGGUCUUCGGGCGCUCCGGGCGCCGGGGACCACGCCAUGGUGGAAGGGGAAAUGCGAGCACGACAACAGGGGAGGGGUGGAAUUGGAGAUGAACGGGCAGACCUAUGCACACACCAACAGCCACCAGAGCGGCGCCAUUGUCAAACUCGCCUCUGCCGCCACCUUCAUCACCUCCUCCUUCACACAAGGCUCCAAUCCCAUGGCACCUGGCAUCCCGUGGAGCCGGAUCUCUGCGGAGACUCCGUGA